AUGCCACAACACCUGCAAAGCCACCUUUACGAAGCUUUCCUUUCCGGAACAACCUACGAUGUGCUCCUACGCGUCACUGGAAACUGGGAUGCAGUAUAUAAACUUCAUCGAAUCGUUCUAAUUCAGGCCGACUUCUUCCGCUCUCUCUUUACAUCUGGAUUCAAGGAAUCUACCUCUCAUCCCAAGGGUGCGCAAGGAGAGGUGGUCGUGCGCUUCGAUCAUGACCCGAAUGUAACCAGAGCAGCUUUCGAGAUCUGCUUGGCGCGGCUUUACGGCGGGGGACCGUUGAUCCAUGUCUGUCCAACCCUCAAGCCGUCGACGAAGGAUCCCCUCUGCCCGGCGUAUGUUCGGCCGUGGGAGAGCAAACCUCCCGUCCCCGCAGGCCAGCAUCCGGCAUCUCCGCGGUUUCUUCUCUCCCUUCUGUCUACGGCAUUCUAUCUGUCCAUUCCAAGUCUGGCCACCGAGGCUCUCGAACUCAUCUUUGCCACCAUUAGUCCAUUGACAGUGGUUCGGUACCUCGACUAUGCUCUCGGAAAGGGUAUCGGUCCCGCGACUCCGGAAGAACCCGAACGUGCCCGGACGCUGGAGCAUAUUGGCCAGGAUAUCAGCAGCGAAUCAAACUCGAACCAUAUUCUCGAAUCCGAUGACAACGACGAACACAGCAGUGAUCAUGGUAAACAAGGCGAAAUGACGAGCACAGACGAGGAGAAUAGUCCUUCUCUCCUCUAUGGCAUCGCAAGCAACAAGAUAGGAGAAGCCUGUGCGGCCUUCCUCACACGGUGGGGAAUGGACCUGCUAAUACACGAAGAGGAGCAAAACUCUGCAGACGUCGUGUCACCUGUCCCCCGACGAUUGACCACCAACGUGACCAGAGCCUCAUUUAAUGGAUCCUCUACAUCUCUCGCAUGGAAAGCUACCUACCCUAACCCUCGAAUAUGGUCAAAGGGAUUGUCCGCAGAGUGGAUCCGUGGAGUCAUCUCAUCCGACGAGUUCUUUGUCAAGGAUGAACUUGCUCGGUAUGAUUGUGCAAAGCGCGUGGUUGAACUACGAAGGCGAAUGAACGGAGUUGUUGAAGCCGACGAAAUCAUUUGGCAGAGGCUAUUCGACGACGGGAUCUAUUACUCCCAUCUGCCUUUUGAUGAGCUCCGUCGCCUUAUGACGGACCAUUCUCCGACCACUGGAAGACCAUAUGUAUCUGCAGCGUGUCUCCACCAAGCUCACUGGAACUACUCGGAUAUGCAGAGGAGGAUAUCCAAGUACUCAAACUACGGUCCCAGCUUUGGCGGUGAGCAAGCUACUCAGAACCAGCGGCUCAGGCUCGGUCUAGAGACGACACCGGAGACCGCACGCCGAAGUCAUCACGAAAGCUAUUGGCCUGUUCCGAUCGACACAUCACUCCGCAUAGGAGAUCCAGGAAGCACUAUGCAAGCUGAGAGCCUCUUCAACUAUUCACCCGCAGAGUCUCACCGAACUGCCACUGCACGAAAUUUCUUUGGAAUAGCAAGUAACAGGCUGUCACGGGAGCAGCUCCCAGACUCUCCUAGUGCCAGAUGGGUGCCCUGCGAACCCUUCCGGUUCUCGGUCGAGUUUUGGGGCGUCGAAUCUCUCAAAGAGAAGAUGAGAUUAUACUCUCACACCAUCUGGUACGCGGGAUCCUGUUACAAUGUGUAUACACAGGCCGUCCGCAAGAAAGGCCUACAGCUUGGCGUCUACUUGCAUCGCCAGAGCAAUUCCGACGCCAUCCCAACUCCGAGUAGUCCCCGGCGUGCGAGUAUCUACUCACAAUUAGGAAUGUCCUCUGCUGGUGUUUCUGAGACCACAAUAGCUGCCCCCAUUGCCUCGCGACCUCACGCACGCUCCGUUCCGUCUCCCGAACCUUCCACCUCUCGCAAUCACACUCCGGUACCUAGUCGAAGUCCGCCGCAUAGGUCGUCGACGCCACUCCUCAUCUCGUCCCCUCGCUCACCAUCGCGCGAGAUUCAGGCAAGCGCCUCUUUCAGUCCCUCUUCACCCCCAAGUGCUUUCAAUGCACUCCCUACUCAAUCAUCGCACGGAGCCACAAUCAAUGCCACGCCACCGAACCAGCCUUACCGCGAUCCUCGUCCUGCUAUUUCUGCAUAUUUCAGUAUCUCGUGCCAUUCAGCCACCGGUUCCAGUCUCACUAGAUUCUCAAGUGGACCUGAUACGUUUGCAAUUACUCAGUCGUGGGGCUGGAAGAGCUCCUCUUUGGACGUGGGUGAAGCCGCUGAAGAUUCAGCGCAGCAAGAACUCAGUCUGCGUGCAACCGUUGUCAUCGGUCUUGUCUAG